GCAGCAGCCCCGGCUUCACUCGCCCCCCGCCCGGGCCCCGCCGCCGCCGCCGCCGCCCCCUCCCUCCGCCCCGCCCCGCCCCGCGGCGCCGGGACCCGCCGCCCGGCAUGAAGGUGCUCCGACACAAGAUCGAGCUGCUGACAGGGCUGCUGCUGCAGGAGAUGACCAUGGCGGGGCUGCAUGAGCUGCGCUUCACUGAGGAGAAGCCGCUGCUGCGGGGCCAGGACACCGAGCUGGAGAACUCGGAUGCCUUCCUCUCCGCUGUGGACACGGACUGGAAGGAACAUGACAUUGAGACCCCCUACGGGCUGCUGCACGUGGUCAUCCGGGGCUCGCCCAAGGGGAAUCGCCCGGCCAUCCUGACGUACCACGAUGUGGGCCUGAACCACAAGCUUUGCUUCAACACCUUCUUCAACUACGAGGACAUGCAGGAGAUCACAAAGCACUUUGUGGUGUGCCACGUGGACGCGCCGGGCCAGCAGGCAGGAGCCUCGCAGUUCCCUCAGGGGUACCAGUACCCGUCCAUGGACCAGCUGGCUGCCAUGUUACCCAGUGUGGUGCAGCAUUUCGGGUUCAAAUAUGUGAUCGGGAUCGGUGUUGGGGCAGGAGCCUAUGUGCUGGCCAAGUUUGCGCUCAUCUUCCCCGACCUGGUUGAAGGACUGGUCCUCAUGAACAUCGACCCCAAUGGCAAAGGCUGGAUUGACUGGGCAGCUGCCAAGCUCUCUGGCCUCACCAGCACGCUGCCAGACACUGUCCUGUCCCACCUGUUCAGCCAGGAAGAGCUGGUGAACAACACAGAGCUGGUGCAGAGUUAUCGUCAGCAGAUCGGCAGCGUGGUGAACCAGUUCAACCUCCAGCUCUUCCUCAACAUGUACAACAGCCGCAGGGACCUGGACAUCAACCGUCCCGGGACUGUGCCCAACGCCAAGACGCUGCGCUGCCCCGUGAUGCUGGUGGUUGGAGACAACGCGCCCGCUGAAGAAGGGGUGGUGGAGUGUAACUCCAAGCUGGAUCCCACCAACACCACCUUCCUGAAGAUGGCUGACUCCGGUGGACUGCCCCAGGUCACGCAGCCCGGCAAGCUGACCGAAGCCUUCAAGUACUUCCUGCAAGGCAUGGGCUACAUCACCCACCUGAAGGAUCGGAGGCUGAGUGGAGGCACAGUGCCAUCUGCCAGCAUGACCCGCCUGGCACGCUCCCGCACGGCCUCCCUCACCAGCGCCAGCUCAGUGGAUGGCACCCGCCCACGUGCGUGCACCCACUCGGAGAGCACUGAGGCCAUGGGGCAGAUCAACCACACCAUGGAGGUAUCGUGCUGAGGUCCACGCCCACCGCCGACGUCUCCUCCAGAGCCAUCUCCCAUCUGUCAGCAACCCGCCAGCACCCACCCACCUCGUGGACAUCCUCCACCAGGGCCCUUGCUCCUUCGGGGUUGACUUGUCUUCUUUGCUGUUGGCCUCAUCCCUUUGUCUGGUACUGGAGAGGGAGAGGGGCUUUGCUUCACUGCCUCCCAGCUCUGGCUCCUGGCUUUGCCCAGCAGUCACACAUGGUUUUGCAUCGGUCCUCUCCCUCCCUAGCAUCGGCUUGGCCCUGGCUUCGGAGGGUGGGUGGCAGGGGGACAGGGCGAGGAUGGGGGAGCAGGGGCAGAAUGGUGAGAUGGGGACAGGAUGGUGGGAUGGGUCAGUACAGCAGGCUGUGGACAGGACGGCAGGACGUGAAGAGGACGCAGGAGGUAGGUUGGUCCCCCAAGGUCAACCAAUGGCUGGCCAAGCCAGACAGGAGACAGGGAUGGGGAGCGGUGCUCACUGGGAGGUCACUGGGUCCUUCCUGGGGAUGCAGCUCCCAUUUCUCCCAGCCAGCCCUCCCUAGGGAGAGCUAGCAUGGGAUCCUCCAGCACACCCAGGACCUGCUGCCCUGUAGCUGGAUGAGCAUUGUGAGAAAUCACACCCCAAACUGUCCCCUCGCCCCGGUCAUGUAACCCUGAGGGCUGCCCUGGGGCAGGGGGAGAGGGCUCAGGCCUGCUCCAGGAGCCAUCAGGGCAGUAGGGUGGCAUGGGGGUGCCACUGCCUCUGACCAUGCCCUUGCCCGUGGUGGCACUUCCUUGGUCCCUUGUUGCAGAAGGACAAUCACCACCUGUCACCAAAAAUGUGCUGGGGGCGAAGGGGGCGGUGUGCCCUGGCUUGCUUGGUCCCUGCUGCACUGGCAGUUCCAUUCCCAGCUCUUGGGCUGAGGCCACCAGGGCUCAGAGGCCACUGGGUUUGGGGAUGUCGCAUGGCAAAUCCCCCCCUGCCCCCCGCCAUUUUUGCCACAGCCUGUGGGUGUCACCACAGUGGAGCUGUUAGCAAUAAGAUGAGACACUCCCCCCUCCUCCCCUGCCACAAUCCUGAGGAGCCCUCAGCACCCUCUGCCCCACAGGGUGCUGGCAGUGUGGGGUGACCCAUGGGACAUGGGGAGCACCUCAGUGUCUGGCUUUGACCUCAUGCUGGCUUUGCCCACAGAGCUGGCCAGACUCAACAUGCCGCCCCCACCAAAUCUACACCUCCACCCCCAGCUUCUUGCCUGCGCACCGAGCGGGGUGUCUCUCAAGGGCUUGGCUCCCCCCGAGCCACGGGGCCCCAUCCAGCCACUGGCUCUGGCUGGAUCUAGCCUCUUGCACUCGGCAUGGAGAGCUGCAUCACCAUGUAACCCCACCGUCAGCCGCCCAGCCUCUGCUGCCAUCCCUGGCCCACCCCACAGGCAGCAGAGCCCAGCUCCUCCUGCACCCAGGGUAAGGAAGCCCCUGGCCCUGGCAAUGGGUGCUCACGUCUUUGCGGGUGGUCCGUGGGGGACCUGAGCAGGGAUCUGUAGGGGACCCACCAGGUGCCACCAUCCGGGUGAGGAGAACCAGCCCAGUGGAGGCAUGUCCCACCAGCCCCCCAAAAGCACUUGUCCCCCAGACCUUGUCCCUGCUCCCUGGCAAGGGUCGCAGGGGUCCCAGGGCUCCUAGCGGGUAUAUGAGGGUUUGUGGCCCUGAGACCUGUGCCCUGCCCAGCCCCUCCCAUGUUGAAUGGCCACCCUGAAACAGCAGUAUCCACGUUUGUCCCCCUCUUUGUUUUGCCAUGUGCUUCCUUCUGGGUGUGACUCUGAACGCUACGUAGCUCCUUUUUACUGUAGAUACCGCUGUGAUCUCUCGUUUUCUCAGCGUGUCCUUCCAGAUGAUAUAUAUAUAAAUACCUAUACAUAGUAUAUAUAAGGGUUUGUCCGGUCCCUGACCUUUUUGGGGUUCAUUUCCCCUUGCAUUCUCAUCCACACGGUGCCGUGUGGUUCCCCUGGAGGUGGUCUGGCCUGCUCGCCUUCAAUCCCACACUUUGGUUUUGUUGGUUGGUUUGGUUUUCCCUGGUGGUUUGUUCUUUUGAUUUGUGUUGGUUUUCCUUUUUUCUCAGUCGCAGCAGAAUUUAACGCAUUUUCCUGUCUGAGCGCAACCUGGUUUUGUCAUGGCGGCUUCAAGGCCGCAGCACUCACGAGACGGCAAUAUGUAAACCGGAUUUAACUAACCUGUUGUUGUAGAGAGGAUUUACUGUGUUGGAAAAAAAAAACAAACAACAAACUAAUAAAGCAUUAAGAACCUGC